AUGGCCGACCCAUUAUCAAUCGCUAGCGGCGUCGCUGGUCUUAUUUCCCUUGGCCUUACUCUUUGCAAUGGCCUGCAGACCUAUUUCAGCGCAAUUAAAGAUAGAGACAAGGAUGUCGAAAUCGCCACACGGGAUUUAAACCUCCUACGGUUUAAUAUCAAGAUUAUCGAAUCGAGUGCAUCAAAAGUCGGCAAUUAUUAUGGUCUAGCCGGCGAUGGAGUCAAUAUGGGUGUAAAAAACUGCGAGUCUCAACUCAAGACUCUUGAAAUAUUAAUUCGAGAGCUUACCAGUGACGAGGGCGUAUUGGGUGCUCAACAAAAAUGGCGAAAGCAAAAGAUGCUUAUUAGAUAUCCUUUCGACCAGAAGAAACUAGCCCAGCUGCAAGAUCAACUUUCGAAAGCAAACCAUACCCUAAGUACCUUCAUUCAGACUUUCAACCUUGAGGUCAACAUUGGCAUGCACAACAGCUUGCAAAUCAUGGAUAAAGACAUGAGAACAAACGACACUGCUAUGAUUGACUUAUUGAGUAGCAUUUCAACCAAACUCAAUGUUAUCGGCCCUACAGUCCAGCGUACUGAGAUGGAAAUCGCCACCUUGCCCAUCCGGGUCCGUGACCAAGCAAUGGCCACGAACAACAGUCGCCCCGUUCUGAACGAGGCCGUUUUAAACGACCUUAAGACACAGCCUAUCUUCAUUAGUGAUCAGCAUCAGUACUUGAAAAUUAUUUACAGCUCUGGGAACGCGUCGCCAUUUGAUGUGGAUCAGUAUGGCAAUAAUAUUGCCCACAUAUGCUUGAAGAGGUAUAUUACUUGCUUCUCUUAUGUUAAGGGCUUCCAGUCAUCUGAGAAGGCAAUCGAGGCUAUGUCUAUGCUUCUGUCGUACUUUUUUGAGAUUGGCGUUCCUGUGACAAGCUCUAAUUUCUACGGAUCUACAAUUUUGAAUCUCGCCGCAGAACGGUAUACGAAUUUGUGGAUGCUGCCCAAGCUCUAUGAAUUAGCAACAGCUCGUGAUCCAGCCUUUUGUUCCAGCGAGUUUGCCCAUAGACGGACAGCCUUUUCCUCUUGGGCUUCGUUUGUAGAGAACGAGUACCACAGAUUUAAUGUAUGGUGCGAGUAUCCUGAGAUAUCAGAAGCCGUUGGGUUUCAGCCUAUCUUCUUGGCUGUCAUGCAAAAAGACCUAUUGAAGCUUGAGGAUCUCCUGAAGGACAGCAAUUCUCUCGAGAGUAUUUUACCCAAAGACCUUUAUAACCGUAACAUAUUGCACGUCAGUUGCGACUGGGCAGCCGGAUUGCGUCUACUCCUCGAGUAUGAAGCUGUGUAUCCAUUGCUAAACGCUACUUCAGCCUUUGGUUUAAGUCCUCUAGACCAUGCUCUUCUGUAUAGCAAGAUGUACUGCAACGCCCCGGAUCAAUGGGCACUCUGCUAUAACUGCAGUUGUUUUGCCACUGUCAAGCUGCUCCUCGAAGCAGAUUGCAGCGUAACAGUUGGUUGGGGGCGGCCUCAAACCUUGAAGGGUUGUUCACUAAGAGCUCGAACGUUGUUUUUCGAACAUCUCAAAAACCGUAGGGAGCGAUUGCGACGUAUUUCCCUUGCGCAUCUUCCCGCUGCAGUUCUGAAAAAAUACGGAAUAACGAUAAAAUCACUACCUGACGCCACCGCUAUGGUUCUAUGGGACGAAUUACAGAAACGACCGGGAGCAAGUGACCUAGCCUCACGAGCAGUUGGGCUCACUGAUAGCCUCCGCCCGCAGUAUGACCUGUACCGGUCGAGCCCAGAAGGCCUUUUUAGCCAUCCUCAUCGCAUUGAGGUCGUUGAGCUGGCGCUCAGUUAUGGCUUUCAGCCCGAGGAUGAAUGCGGAGUUCAGCCUUUUAUGUCGCGGGUGAUACUUUUCGGCAAGGGCACACUUGAAGACGUGUUUUACGCUGCCUGGCUGUUGCAACGCGAUCUUGAAAUUGACUUUACGAUUGUUCCAUUCCAAUUAUCCGCUGUUCACAGCUAUGGGAAGUUUCUCGGGUUUUGGAUAAACAACUUCUAUUCCCGAGGCGGUGUCUUCCCUGCAACUCCCCAUUCCGAAUUUAGCAACCUUUUGUCAAUAAUAUGCCACAGCGAGAGACAGUCAAAUGUUCCAUGUCCUUGUAAAUCAGGUAUUUUUAACCGACCUUUAUCAUAUUUAAUGUCUGGGUUGGAGUCACGCGUUCUUUAUAGGGAUGGGUUGUGGUUCAGCAUUGACCCAAACAUCCGGGAUAACGUCCAUCUCAUGGCGUGGCUAGUUGAUAUUAUAGGAGAUCCUACAUAUUGCCUAGAUGGGAUGUACGUGGCCAGGUGUGCAAUUCAUAUCCUUACAAUGAAAUCUCUAGGUAUCAGGCAUUUACCCGGCUGCGAUCCUCCCAUCUGGAACGUGAUGGAUAUGGCAGAGGAUCCUGAAUGGCAAGAAGAAUGCGCUGAAAUCCUUGAUGAGGAUCAACUUCUUCUCAGCCGACUGCAUGAUCUUGAGGAAGAGUUUCGGAAGGAGUUUGAACAACAAAAUAUCUCUAUAGCUAAUUUCCUCCAAGGUUACUGGCUAAAGAGGAUGGAAGAGGUGGAGGGCGAAUUGGAUGGCGCUGUGUCUGGUGGCUACAAGUCUGACCUUCGUGAGGUUGGUGUGGUCUUAGAUGAAGGUGAAGAUGGCGGUUUUAACCCUGACUCUGAUAAAUUGGGGAUGAUUGACAUUGAUUAA